AACUCUAAUAGCUACUGAACGCUUCCGUUUUCCUGUGUAGUCUGCUACUGUACGCGGAGAGAAAGGUUCCCGAUCAAAGUCCAAGCUCAGUUCAUUUAAGCUACUAAAUAGUUAACAAGUAGCUACUUUAUCAGUUCAGUGAAGCAGAGACAAUGUAUAAAACUCCUAAUCGCUACCUGGCUGUAAAACAGUUAAAUAUUCCUGUAACUAAAGUUGACAAAAUAAAGUACUUUCACAAAACUGCAGCAUGUGUCUCUUCAUCUAAAGCAGCACCGGAAAGGAACUACCUCCAGCAAAGCCAAGUUCCAACUUAUCAUUUUCAGAAAAGCUUGCCCCGUCUUCCUAUUCCAAAACUAGAGAAAACAUGUGAACGAUUUUUGAAAUCUUUGACCCCUCUUGUCAGUACCGAACAGCAUGCAAAGACUAGUCAGAUUGUGACUGAGUUUCAACAGAAAGAAGGGAAAGAACUAAAUGAAGAGCUAGUUGCACAGAACAAGAAAAAUAAGCACACCAGCUAUGUCUCAGGACCAUGGUUUGACAUGUAUUUGAAGGAUCGAAGACCAGUUGUACUGACACACAAUCCAUUUAUGGCAUUCCAAGAUGAUCCUAGACCAGAAUAUAACACACAGUUGCUGAGAGCAGCCAAUUUUGUCAUUACUUCUGCGAGAUUUAAGAAAAGUCUGCAAGCUGAGCUACUGGAGCCAGAAGUUUAUCAUCUAAAUCCAGCUGCUAGUGACACCCAGUCUUUCCGCAAAUUUGUCAGGUGGCUGCCGCAGUCUCUUUCUUGGUAUGGUGCUUACUGGUAUAAAGCAUUUCCCCUUGAUAUGAGUCAGUAUCGGCGUCUUUUUAAUUCCACUCGAAUACCAAGGCCAGAAAGGGAUGAACUGUACACAGAUGAAAAUGCUAAACAUUUACUGGUGAUGAGGCAUGGCAACUUCUACAUUUUUGAUAUCUUUGAUAGAGAUGGCAACAUCAUUGAUGAGACAGAAUUGCUUGCUCAUCUGCAAUAUAUCUUAGCUGACCGCACCCCUUCUCCAGAAUUCCCUAUUAGUGUUCUCGCUACCUCUGAUCGUGAUACAUGGACUAGGGCUCGCAUACAGCUUCAAAAUGCUUCAGAGCGCAACAAGCUACAUCUGCAGCUGAUAGACAGCGCAGCCUUCUGUUUAGUGCUUGAGGAUGCAGAGUAUGCGGAUUCCUUGGAGCUUUCACGCUCGUUCCUAAUGAGUGAUGGAGUAAACAGGUGGUUUGACAAGAGCUUCCAGUUAAUUGUCACCAAACAAGGGACUGCAGCCGUCAACUUUGAGCAUUCAUGGGGAGAUGGUGUGGCUGUACUGAGGUACUUCAGAGAGCUAUACAAAGAAACCACCACCAGUCCAUUUCUGCAUCCAAAUUCAGUGCCAGCUAAAGUGGAUUCCUCCAGAAUUGUGCAGUGCUUAGAUUUUGUUGUGGACCCGUUCCUGAAGGAAGCUAUCCAUGCAGCUAGGAGAUCAUUUGCAGAGCGCACAGACUCUUUGGACAUGCAUUAUUUUGAGAGCUCACAGCUGAACAAGAAUCUUGCCAAACAGCACAAACUGAGCCCCGACUCUCUCAUGCAGCUUGUAAUUCAGCUUGCUCACUAUCGCCUCUUUGGAAAGUGUGUUGGGACCUAUGAAUCUUGCAGUACUGCUGCUUUCAAACAUGGCCGCACAGAGACCGUCCGACCUUGUACAACCGCAACACAGAAGGUGUGUCAGCAGUUGUUUGAAGCAAAACAGUCAAAUAGUGUUCAGGACAUCCAAGCAGCAAUCAGAGAGUGCACCAAUAUUCACAACACUCUCACACGAGAAGCAGCAAUGGGCCAGGGAUUUGACAGACACUUAUUUGCCUUGCGAAAAUUAGCUGAAGCAAAAGGCCAGAACCCAGCCCUCUUUAAUGACCCUGGAUAUCGCACCAUGAUUUAUGAUAUACUGUCGACAUCCACACUUCCAGAUCCUUCUGUUCUUAUUGGUGGAUUUGGACCUGUAGUACCUGAUGGAUUCGGUAUUGGAUAUGCCAUUCAGGACAAGGGUGUGGGCUUUAAUGUGACAGCUUACAAGCCUCACAGAAGUGCUUCUGAUUUUACUCAGAGCCUGGAAGCUAGUCUGAAGGACAUUCACAACAUACUGGAGGGAAAGAUGCCCAGUAGUAUAUAACUCCAACCUCUUGUUGAGAUAUAGUUUGUGUUUUCAGACUAAACUAGUUAAUGUCACCCUGUGCAAACACUCUUCAGAUAAUAUCUGAAAAUGAUGAUUGUCAAAGGUGAUUGUCAAAUGUUAAGUCAUCAUUCAUUUUUUCUAAAUAGCUAAUAACUCUCAUAAAUUGCACUCCACUACAAAAGAUUGCAAUUUUGCAUUUUUUUUGCUGCCAGAGUUGGUAAUAUAAAUGGCCUGUUUGUUGAUAGUUCCUCUUUGCAUACUGCUUUCUUAUUGAUAAACAAGAAAUUUAAAAAGGCAGGAGCUGAAUGUGUUAAAAAUCUAUGCUGACAUGUGGCAUUGUGUGAUGUUAAAAUAUCAAUGUUAGGGAUGAAAGUUUCAGGAAAAAAAUUCCUGUGUUAACUCUUUUCUUAUUUUAGCUUAUGAUGUUAUUCUUGUGUGUAAUACAUCUCUGAAGUGAUUAGGAUUUCGUGAUUUUUCUAUAACUAUUACGCUCAAUCUUAUUGAGAGCUGCAUUUUUACUUUUUGUUGUUUGUUCUUAAGCCAUUUUGUCUUUUCUUUUGAAGAAGAAAGUGUGCAAAAUGAGAUUGUCAUAAAUACAUUACAAUUAUUCUCUGCCUUAUUAACUUCCUUUCAGAUAUAUUUAAAUUUAAUCAUGUUUAGGAUUCAAAGAGGGUUAGUAUUGAGUAUUAUUAUUAAGAGAAUUAUAAUGGUAGCUUUUGAUAAGACUUUUGUUAUCUGUGUUGUGUUUUUACCAUGUGUUAUCUACCUGCUUAUACAACAUUGCGAGGUUUUAUUUUCAAUAUAUACUGUGAAUUUUUGUGUGAAACCAAUGUACAGUAUUUCACAUGCUUCAAGAACAAUAAUUAUAUUCACAAAUUCAUUGUUUUACUGAAGUGGGAAUACAGUGUGCGUGUUUGUGUGCCCACAUGUGUGUGGGAGAAAGAAAAGACAACGUACAUGCAACUCAUGCGCUGGGUAUGUUCUUGUAUCACUACAUAUACUGUAUAGGCUGUUACUAAUCUGUCAAGGCUGGUUUGUGGGUAAUUGUUAAUCUCUCAUUAAUUUAUUUUGGAAAAUAGUUUAUUGAAUAUUAAGUACAUGUUAAUGAUUGUCAGAGAAAAGGACAGUGACAUUUUUACAAGGGUGCACAGUGUUUGCACUGAUGUUGAAACUUAUACAUUUUCCUAUUUACCCCAUUUUGCUCAGUCACCCAGACUUUUUUUUGUGUUACCUUUAAAUAUAAUGCAUAUAAAAUUGUGAAUUAAGAUUCAAAGAUCAAUAAAUAUUUUUUUUAAUGACAA